UGGUGUACACCGUUUCUUUCAGAAAUUUCCAUGGUUUUGGGAAAGAAAUUUUCUUUCACAGAUGUGAACUUUGAUCGAUUUCGCAACAAAUGAGGUAACAUUUCCCUUUCCUUCAAGAAAUUUCAUCGAAAAAACCCCGACAAUGAUGCACAAAACCCUGGCAGAACGCGCCAAAUAUAUGAUUCCAACUCCAUGCUUACAAUCGAUCAGUAUCUCUGCAUUGAAUGUGUCUUUCUACAAUAAGUUUUGCAGAAAUACUGCUUUUUUCUCAAAUUGUUCUUCUGGAUCCCCUAAUUUCAACCCUAACCCUGAACCUAAGAGCGUCCAAGCGGAUUUUGGUGAACAUGACGAGCUGGUGAAACAAGUCGAAGAUCACAGCAUGAGAGGAGUCACUGGAUUGCCGCAAAUCUCUAACUCCUGUGAAGACGCCAACUUGGGCUGCAGUUUUGGAAAAUUUGAUAGUUUUGAUGAUAAUGAGGGCUCAGAUCGAGACUCUGAGAGCUCAGACGGGGACUUGGAUGAUGAUUUUGGGGUCUUGGAUCUGUUUGAGAAGAACCAGGAUCAAAAUUUAGUAAAAGAGAGAGGUUUCCAAGCAGCGACGGAUGAAUCAGGGAACCCUUUAGUUAGAGAGACUUGCAGAUUAAUUGGGCUCAGGCAAUCCUGGAAUCCAAAGUUUGAGGGGCAAUUACGGCACCUAUUAAGAACAAUGCAACCCCGGCAAGUCUGUGCAGUCCUCCGCUGUCAAGCUGAUCUUCGUGUUGCUGCUAACUUCUUCUACUGGGCUGACCGGCAAUGGCGCUACCGCCAUGCUCCUGAGGUUUACUAUACAAUGCUUGAGAUUCUCAGCAAGACCAAGUUGUGUCAGACUGCUCGGAGGAUUUUAAGGCUCAUGAUUCGUCGGCGGAUCAGUCGCCGCCCAGAAGUAUUUGGACAUUUGAUGGUCAUGUACAGUCGUGCUGGUAAGCUUAGGAGUGCAAUGAGGGUCUUGAAUCUGAUGCAGAAGGAUGGCUGUAGUCCUAAUCUUUCAAUUUGCAAUACUGCGAUUCAUGUGCUUGUGAUGGCUGAUAGAUUGGAAAAAGCUCUGAGGUUCUUGGAUCGUAUGCAGCGGGUUGGAAUCGGGCCCGAUGUUGUUACAUUUAAUUGCUUGAUUAAGGGAUUUUGUAAUGCCCACCGUGUAGCUGAUGCGUUGGAGAUGAUCCAAGAAAUGUCUAAUAGAGGAUGUCCACCUGAUAAGAUAAGCUAUUACACAGUGAUGACCUUGUUAUGCAAGGAGAAAAGGAUUCAAGAAGUUAGGGGGUUAUUGGAGAAGAUGAGAAAGGAUGCUAAUUUACUGCCAGAUCAGGUAACUUAUAACACUGUUAUUCAUGUGCUCUCAAAGCAUGGGCACGCAGAUGAAGCUCUUGAGCUCCUGCAAGAAUCAGAGGCUAAAGGAUUUCGGAUUGAUAAGGUGGGUUAUAGUGCAGUUGUGCACGCAUUUUGUUGGAAUGGGAGGAUGGAUGAAGCAAAAGAGGUUGUGAAUGAGAUGUUUUUGAAGGGAUGUGUUCCUGAUGUAGUGACCUAUAGUGCAAUUGUCAAUGGAUAUUGCAAGUUAGGAAAGAUGGGUCAUGCACGAAAGAUGCUUAAGUAUAUGUAUAAGCAUGGUUGUAAGCCUAACACUGUUACCCACACUGCUGUGUUGAAUGGCUUGUGUAGAAGUGGGAAGUCAUUGGAGGCCAUGGAGCUGCUGAAUAGGAGUGAGGAGGAGUGGUGGACGCCAAGCAACAUUACAUAUAGUGUUGUUAUGCAUGGAUUGAGGAGGGAAGGGAAGUUGGAUGAGGCAUGUGAAUUGGUAAUGCAGAUGCUGCAGAAUGGGUUCUUUCCCACUACUGUUGAAAUUAAUUUACUCAUUCAUGCUCUUUGCCUGGAGCGCCGGGCAGAGAAGGCCAAGGAGUUCAUUGAGGCAUGCCAGAGCAAAGGUUGUACUAUCAAUGUUGUCAACUUCACUACCAUAAUUCAUGGAUUUUGUCAGGAAGGAGAUCUAAAAUCUGCACUUUCUUUGUUAGAUGACAUGUAUUUGAGUAGCAGGCAUCCUGAUGUGGUGACAUACACAGUACUAGUUGAUGCUUUGGGAAAGAGAGAAAGGUUCCAUGAAGCCACAGAGCUUAUUAAGAAAAUGCUCCACAGGGGUCUAGUCCCCACACCUGUUACAUAUAGGACUGUUAUCCAUAGGUACUGUGAGAAAGGCAGAGUGGAAGACCUCCUCAAGCUGCUAGACACAAUGUUGAUAAGGCAAGAUUUUAGAUGUGCAUAUAAUCUGGUCAUUGAGAAGCUUUGUGCAUUUGAUAGACUAGAUGAAGCCUACAAAGUUUUAGGAAAAGUUUUAAGAACAGCAUCUAUAAUAGAUGCUGAGACCUGCCACAUAAUGAUGCAAAGUUAUUUGAGAAAAGGUCUCCCUUUGCAGUCAUAUAAAGUUGCGUGCCGGAUGUUCCACAGGAACCUCAUUCCAGAUGUUAAGUUGUGUCAAAAAGUGAGCAGCAGGCUGGUCUUAAAGGGGCACCCACACGAAGCAGAAAAGCUGAUGUUGCAUUUUAUUGAGAGGGGACACUUUGUACGGCAACAUAUCUAGUUCUCUGUUUGACCUUUGUGGCUCUCUUAAUCUGGUUGGUGAAAGACAUGGCAUUAGAUAGGCUUCCCUUCUCAAAUUGUUUUUUAAAGGCUGUACUACUGCAACAUAGAAUGAGCAGAAGUCAUGCUUCGCUUGCUCGCACAUAGAUGGAAAUGGAGAUGCGUAAGGUACCAGGACAUGCUUGUUAAUUCCCCACUGUAUCCUGAAAACAGAUGUUAAAUUCAAUUGUUUAACAGGGCGAGGCAAUCCCUGACCAUGGGACAAGAACGGCUUGCCGAGCUUCUUCAUCCUAACGAAGCAAGAGGAGGCCGGCCUGGCUGAAGAUGAAAAACUCUCAGUGGCCUCCUUCUCUUCUUCAG